GAGGAUGAUGACGACGGCGUGGCACCGGACCUGCUGGCAGGAGGUGCUCAGGGACUUGAUGAGGUUCCGGCGGAGGGCGAGCCAGGGAAUCGGCCGCAGAGUAAGCAAGAGCUGAACAAAAUCCGUGAGAGCCUGGGUAACACUCAGCAACUCUGUGCACAUUUCUACAGGGACAGGUCCUUGCGGGAUGACCUGUUGUUGGUGAGCACUGCCAGUCGGCCUACGAUGGCCGAAUACCAGCAAACUUUGUUGGACCAAAAGACCCAGGAGUCUGCCUUGGAGUUCCAGACCCGGCGUGCAACGGGUUCAUGGUACAAGACGGUCAUGAAAACCCUGAACCUGAUCCACGACCCCCGGGCGUUGCGACGGUUUGGCACGACAAUCUCUCCAUCAGCACCCGUCGUGACGGAUGAUGAUCCAAGGGCUGCAACGCAGUGGUUCUGCUCGGAGCGGCGCAAACUGGAUGAUUUCUGGUCUCUGUUGACCGAAAUUGCGUCGGCCAGAGUAUGGUCUCAGAUCCAAUUUGCUACCUGUGUACCCAACACCCUCGUGGCUGCCUUGCAUGCAAACAGUGCUGUCGCCAACGAGUCGCUGCAGGAACAGCGCCGCACUUGGGCAGCGGUGCUGCACACCGAGAAGCUCCUCGCCAACCAGAAGCUUGAGCCAGGGAUUCACGAAAGCCUCUUGAAUCUCAUGAACGACAUGGCGUGGAACCGUUUGCAGGUGGCACGGGAAACGUUCUUGGUUUGCCAGCGCGGCG